AUGCCGCGUGAGCACCCACCGUCCGUCUCCCGCUGGUCACUUGACCACAUUCCUUUCCUGUCAUCACCCUCUCUGUCAUUUUCACUUUCGCCAUCUGCCUAUUCUUGGCUCUAUAUCGUCCUAGCCAUACCCGUCAUCAUGGCCGCCGGCCUCUUCUCCAUCCCAGGUUUGGGCGACAGGUUCGCGGUGCGGUAUCGAUCACGACAACAGAAACGAACAGAGCUGCAUAAACAGAGGAUGGGUUCGACACAGUUUCUCGGCUCCCAGGUGGGAGGCAGCUCCGUCAUCAGCUAUUCUUACACCGAUUUCCCCUGGAAGCUGCUCGCAUGGGAUAUUUACUACUUUUUCCAGUACAUCUGGGCUCUUCCCUGGAUCGUAUGGCCUAUUACCCCAGCCGAUUCGGGGGACCUCGAUGAGUUGGCUUUCACAAGGCAAAACCUCUUUUGCGUGGGAAUGCAUCUUUUCCUGUGCGUUUUGCAAAUUGGCUUCAUCUUGGCUUUGCCCUUUGCCGUCUUAUUGCCUAUUUGGAUCGCCGGCCUCGCCUUCGGUGCCUUCUUCGCCGUCAACUAUCUGCUCUGCCUGUUGCUGAAUGGGCCGACCCUCACCUACACCUCGGAUCCCAAGUACGCACCUGAGCUACCAGAGCACGCUCACGAGAAAUGGAUCUUUUUGAACGGAGUUGCCGUCGGGGACCACUGGAUGAAGAACAAUCUAAACAGACUCGCUCUCACCUUCAAGCGGCCAAUCCUCGGUAUCCAUAACCAGACCUCGGGAAUCCUCUUUGAUGUUGUCGAAUGUCUCAUCCAACGGAACUUGGGGUACGCAACCUACGACGUACGAAUGUGCUAUCGUAUUGUCAAGGAAACGCUUUACAACCCACAAUACUCCAAGGUGGUCUUCGUUUUGCAUUCGCAGGGAGGCAUCGAGGGUGGUCUCGUUCUUGACUGGCUAUUGCAGGAAUUGCCACAAGAUCUUCUUGCUAAACUCGAGGUCUACACAUUUGGUAAUGCCGCAAACCACUUCAACAAUCCCCAUCGCCAUGCAAUGUCCCAGGCCCUGGCACAAAACAAUCCGGCGGCCAUGACUUUGACCACGACAAGCAUAACCCACGGCGACUUCGUGGACAGCCCCAUAUCGCCAGUCGCCAACAGCGGUCAACAACGUUUUGUCUCGAGUCACAGCACCGGAAGCAAAAGCAACCACAGCAACCCGCGCACGCCCAGCCUUCCCAAAGAGUCGUCCUCCAUUUCUUCUCGAUCCUCCACGGCCGCACUGGACCGCGCUAUUGGCCACGUCGAGCACUACGCCCACACCACCGACUUUGUCGCCAUCUGGGGCGUCUUGCACUUUUGCACCUCCCUCACAGCGGACCACAGCAUGCCGCGCUUCAUCGGGCGGCUUUUCGUAAGGGCCUCGGAGCGCGGUGGACACCAGUUUUGUCAGCACUACCUCGACGGCAUGUUCCCCCUCGCAAAGGACCCUGAGACGGGCGAGUUUAUCGGCGCGGCGGAGGAGAGCGAGUUCAUGGAGAGCGAAAUCCAGGUCGGACGGCAGGGUGAUGCCGGGGCCAACGCGCGCGAGGCGUUUGAGGUUGCGUAUUUGGGGCGCGAUGUCAACAAUGAGGUUGAGUUCCAUGGGGAACACGUCAAGGGACGGCAUAGGAAGAAGACGGUCAAGGUGAAGGAUCUUUCGAGAUUGUGGCUGUACCGGAAUGGACGCAGUCCGCCCGAGACGCCGCCUUAUUUAUAUACGGAAAAUGGGAUCGUGAGGAACGCGACUUUGUAG